AUGAUCCAGGGUAGCACAGUGCUGAAAAAUGUCGAACGACAACGAUUUAAAAAGCAAAGCGAAAUGGGUUCUGGUGGACGGUCAUCAGCUCCAGGUUAUUAUCCAGAAAAUGAUCGUCAUUCCUCCAACGCCUUCUAUCCUGACCGACGAGCUGUUACGCUGUCAAACCGUACAUGGCAGGAGCCUUCAGGGCUCAGCGUAUCAGUUUGGCUCGCAGUAAUUCCUACUGAAGACUUCAAGGGAAUGAUAUUGAAAACAAGCGUUGAUGAUUUAUCGUAA